ACAGCUCCCAGCCGCCACCGGGGCACGGCGCUGCGACGGCACCGGGCGGUGCGGGGGGGGGGAAUUCGUGUGUGUGCUCCGGCAGCUUCCCGGCGUGCACCGCGCGGGGAGGCGGGGCGGAGCGGGGUCGUGGCGGCGGCGGUGACUCUCCCAAGCUAAAGCAUCAGUGCCAUCAUGAUUCUGCACCAGAUUCUGCGACUUUCUUCCCUUUUUCGCUCUGCUGUUUCUGUUCACUUGCGCAGAAACAUAGGACUUUCUGCUAUUGUCUUUAAUAAGACGAAAGAGCUUGAUCCAGUUCAGAAGCUCUUUGUGGACAAGAUCAGAGAAUACAACACAAAGAGCAAGCAAGCUGGAGGGCCUGUUGAUACAGGCCCUGAAUUUCAGAAAGAAUUGACUGAAUCCCUUGCCAGACUUCAACGGGCAUAUGGCGAGGGAGAUCUCACCAAGUUUCCAGAAUUUAAAUUUGAGGAGCCCAACUUUGAGGAGACGCCAAAGUGAUCUGUGGAGGUUGUACACCAAACAGCAGUGGACAUCAGUGGAGCUGUUCAACAUGGCACCAGUUGUAAAUCAAUAAAUGCAGUGUUGCAGUUCGAUUUCAAAA